UAUAUAAAAAAAAAGAUGACAAUUUGAGACAUGGGGUUUGGUUUUUUAUGUAUAUACUUCUAUUAAUUGUAUUUGUUAGAUGCUGAUAUGGAGGAUUAUGGAUAUUCCCAAGUUUAUGCUAAAUUUGAUCAGGAUUUGUAUGAAAUAGUUUUUGGUGUAUAUUUACAUUAAAAAGAUGACAAUUUAAGACAUGGGGUUUGGUUCUUUAUGUAUAUACUUCUAUUAAUUGUAUUUGUUAGAUGCUGAUAUGGAGGAUUAUGGAUAUUCCCAAGUUUAUGCUAAAUUUGAUCAGGAUUUGUAUGAAAUAGUUUUUGGUGUAUAUUUACAUUAAAAAGAUGACAAUUUAAGACAUGGGGUUUGGUUCUUUAUGUAUAUACUUCUAUUAAUUGUAUUUGUUAGAUGCUGAUAUGGAGGAUUAUGGAUAUUCCCAAGUUUAUGCUAAAUUUGAUCAGGAUUUUUAUGAAAUAAUGUUUUUGGUGUAUAUAUACAAUAAAAAGAUGAAAAUUUGACACAUGGGUUUUGUUUCUUUAUGUAUAUACUUCUAUUAAUUGUAUUUGUUAGAUGCUGAUAUGGAGGAUUAUGGAUAUUCCCAAGUUUCUGCUAAAUUUGAUCAGGAUUUUUAUGAAAUAGUAAUGUUUUUGGUGUAUACAUACAAUAAAAAGAUGAAAAUUUGACACAUGGGUUUUGGUUCUUUAUGUAUAUUAUUUGUAUUUGUUAGAUGCUGAUAUGGAGGAUUAUGGAUAUUCCCAAGUUUAUGAUAAAUUUGAUCAGGAUUUUUAUGAAAUAGUAAUGUUUUUGGUUUAUACAUACAAUAAAAAGAUGACAAUUUGAGACAUGGGUUUUGGUUCUUUAUGUAUAUACUUCUAUUAAUUGUAUUUGUUAGAUGCUGAUAUGGAGGAUUAUGGAUAUUCCCAAGUUUCUGCUAAAUUUGAUCAGGAUUUUUAUGAAAUAGUAAUGUUUUUGGUGUAUACAUACAAUAAAAAGAUGAAAAUUUGACACAUGGGUUUUGGUUCUUUAUGUAUAUUAUUUGUAUUUGUUAGAUGCUGAUAUGGAGGAUUAUGGAUAUUCCCAAGUUUAUGAUAAAUUUGAUCAGGAUUUUUAUGAAAUAGUAAUGUUUUUGGUUUAUACAUACAAUAAAAAGAUGACAAUUUGAGACAUGGGUUUUGGUUCUUUAUGUAUAUACUUCUAUUAAUUGUAUUUGUUAGAUGCUGAUAUGGAGGAUUAUGGAUAUUCCCAAGUUUCUGCUAAAUUUGAUCAGGAUUUUUAUGAAAUAGUAAUGUUUUUGGUGUAUACAUACAAUAAAAAGAUGAAAAUUUGACACAUGGGUUUUGGUUCUUUAUGUAUAUACUUCUAUUAAUUGUAUUUGUUAGAUGCUGAUAUGGAGGAUUAUGGAUAUUCCCAAGUUUCUGCUAAAUUUGAUCAGGAUUUUUAUGAAAUAGUAAUGUUUUUGGUGUAUACAUACAAUAAAAAGAUGAAAAUUUGACACAUGGGUUUUGGUUCUUUAUGUAUAUUAUUUGUAUUUGUUAGAUGCUGAUAUGGAGGAUUAUGGAUACUCCCAAGUUUCAGCUAAAUUUGAUCAGGAUUUUUAUGAAAUAGUAAUGUUUUUGGUGUAUACAUACAAUAAAAAGAUGAAAAUUUGACACAUGGGUUUUGGUUCUUUAUGUAUAUUAUUUGUAUUUGUUAGAUGCUGAUAUGGAGGAUUAUGGAUACUCCCAAGUUUCAGCUAAAUUUGAUCAGGAUUUUUAUGAAAUAAUGCUGAUAUGGAGGAUUAUGGAUUUGAGUAUUCGGAUGAGGAGCCGGAAGAGCAGGAUGUUGACAUUGAGAAUCAGUAUUACAAUUCAAAAGGUUUGGUUGAGACGGAUCCGGAGGGUGCGCUUGAGGGAUUUGCCGAGGUGGUACGUAUGGAACCUGAGAAGGCAGAAUGGGGUUUUAAAGCUCUUAAGCAGACAGUCAAAAUUCAUUAUCGUGUAGGGAGGUAUAAGGAGAUGAUGGACGCUUACAGGGAAAUGCUUACUUAUAUUAAAUCAGCAGUAACACGAAAUUACAGCGAGAAGUGUAUAAACAACAUCAUGGAUUUUGUAUCUGGCUCCGCUGGUCAGAACUUUGGGUUGUUGCGGGAGUUCUACGAAACCACACUGAAAGCCCUUGAAGAGGCUAAAAAUGAAAGGUUGUGGUUUAAGACAAAUCUUAAGCUUUGCAAUAUCUGGUUUGACUUGGGAGAGUAUGGUAAAAUGAACAAGAUUUUGAAGGAGCUUCACAGGUCUUGUCAAAAACCUGAUGGCACUGAUGAUCAAAAGAAAGGGACUCAGCUCCUGGAGGUUUAUGCUAUUGAAAUUCAAAUGUACACUGAGACAAAGAAUAACAAAAAGCUGAAGGAAUUGUAUGGGAAGGCUCUUACAAUCAAAUCAGCUAUCCCCCAUCCUAGAAUAAUGGGAAUAAUUCGUGAGUGCGGUGGGAAAAUGCAUAUGGCACAAAGACAGUGGGCAGAGGCAGCUACUGACUUUUUUGAAGCUUUUAAGAACUAUGAUGAAGCUGGUAAUCACCGGCGCAUCCAGUGCCUGAAAUACUUAGUACUGGCCAACAUGCUUAUGGAAUCACAAGUGAAUCCAUUUGAUGGGCAGGAGGCAAAACCGUACAAAAAUGACCCAGAGAUCUUGGCCAUGACAAAUUUGAUUGCUGCAUAUCAACGAAAUGAGAUAUUGGAAUUUGAGAAAAUCCUUAAGAGCAAUAGAAGAACUAUCAUGGAUGAUCCAUUCAUUAGAAAUUAUAUAGAGGACUUGUUGAAGAAUAUAAGGACUCAAGUGUUGCUGAAACUCAUUAAACCAUAUACACGGAUCAGGAUUCCUUUCAUAUCGAAGGAGCUCAACGUACCAGAAGAUGAUGUCGAAACGUUAUUGGUGUCGUUGAUAUUGGAUAACCGGAUACAAGGUCAUAUCGACCAAGUAAACAAAUUGUUGGAGCAUAGCGACAGGUCAAAGGGGAUGAAGAAGUAUACAGCUAUAGAUAAAUGGAACAAACAAUUUCACUCUCUUUAUCAAACCAUUAGCGAUAGAGUGGGCUAAAAUCUGAGUUCCAUUGAAGUAAGAGUAGUGUUUUUUUGUUGCUAGCAAUGCAUGAUUAGCAGCAAGUUACAAAUAGAAAGAAGGACAAGAAGAAAGAGUACUAAUUUUCUCCUGUCUAUUUAUGUUUUCGACUUUACAAAUUUAGCUCUUUGUAUUUCCAUCCUCCUAUUCAAUUUUUAGGUUGAACUCAGAGAAAUUUUAAGAAUAAUGAGUACUUGCUUUGAUGCCAUCUUUUCCAAGUUGUGAGAUGAGCUUAUAGAAAUUGAUUUUUUUGCCAA